AUGGGGAUACACGAUCUGCCGCCUUUUCCCAUCCCGGUCGAUAAAUUCAUCGAGGAAGUGGAAAGCGAUAAUGCGUCAACCGCGGCGCAGUGCUGCGCCGCGUUCGCGACCCUCGCCACCAAGGUGCCGGUGCCCAGGGACUUCCGAGGCGCGUGCCGGAGCGUGAUGGGGCUGGUGGAGCGCACGGGAAACGGGUUCGGACGCGCGACGAAGGAGAGCGCGAGCGCCGCGAUGGCCGCGCUGCUGGCGUGCGUUCCGGGCGCGGAUAAGCACAUGGUCCAGAGGGGAGUGGUGGGCAAGCUCGUCGCCAUCGCCGUCGCCGACGAGGAGGAUGGCGAGGGAGACGAAACGCCCGCCGCCGCCGACGGGACCUCGGGUACCACCAGGCGGGGCGGCGUCAACGGCAUGGGCACGCUGACCUUGAACGCGCUCGAGUGCAUCCGCAUCCUCGCCGCAUCCGAGCACGGCGUGUCGGAGCUCAUGAAGAACGACGAGGCGAUGCAUUUCGCGACGCGUCGGUGCGACAGCGGCGACGCCAGGAUCGCGGAGUGCGCCUGCGACGUCCUCUGCGCGCUCGCGUCGCGAGGCGUCGCGCAUCGAACGCGGGUGAAGGACGUCGGGGGAGUCGGCGCGCUGGCGAGGGCGCUAGCGUCGCACGGCGGCGCUAACGAGGAGGUGGCGCUGAGGGCGCUGCUCGGGCUGGCGAUGACGUGCGCGCAGGACGCGGAGGCGCAGGCGGAGCUCGUGCGCGUGGAUGGCGCCGUGCCAGCGUUGCUCGCCGCGCAGAGGAGCGGCGGCGACGCGGCGGGUGGGAUAUCGAAGGACCUCUGGGGGUCCAUAGGGAAGAACCCGACGCUGAAGAUGGCGGCGAUGGAGGCGCUGCGGGCGGACGUGGAGCGGGCGAGGCUGGUGGAGUCGGCGUAG